AUGUUGGGGCCAACGGAUCCGGUCAACGAGUCAUUACAACAGUCGGCUGGGUCUAGUUCUCAUUUUGGCUUUCCCGAUUCUGACGACGAAUCCUUCCAUUCGGCCAAAGAAGAUACGGACGAUACUUUCAUAUAUGAGAAAUCUGAAGCUGAAUCUAUACCAGAACCCCAACUUGCUGCUUCUUCCUCUGCCACAAGUCCGAACAUUUCAACGUCAAAUAACGAUAGGAAAGACCCUUGGUCAAUUCCACCAAUAACGGAAAUCAAGACACGGAAAGCCUAUUCAGGUCCUAGUGAAGAGGCAGAAUUGUCGCAAAUAGAGGCUGAACUGGAGUUGACUGAAGAAGAAUUAGCUACUUUGAAGGGUCGAUCCCUUGAUGAAAAGGAAUCAGGAAAUGUUCAUUUCAAGAAGCAAGAAUACGAGGAAGCCAUUGGAAGGUAUCAGAAUGCAUUAGAUAUAUGUCCACUUCGCUUCAAAUCAGAGAGAGCCGUCUUUCAUUCCAACAUCGCUGCCUGCCACUUUUUGAAGCAAGAAUGGGAGAAAACAGUAUCAUCCUGUACAAAAGCUAUCGAAUUGAAUCCUGUGUAUCUUCAAGCACUACGACGUCGAGCAUCAGCUAAUGAUAAGAUUGGAAGGGCCAGCGCGUUGACUUCGGCUUUGGAAGAUUACAAGAAGGUUUUGCUAUUGGAUCCAAGCAACAAGGAGGCUUCCAAAGCCAUCAACACGUUGCCGAAACGAAUUGAAUUGCGAAUGGAGGAAGAAAAGGAAGAAAUGAUGGGUAAACUGAAGGAGCUCGGUAACCAAUUUCUCGGAAUGUUUGGCAUGUCUACUGACAACUUCCAAAUGAAACAAGAUGAAAAGGGUGGAUAUUCGCUCAACAUUCAAAAAUAG